AUGUCACAAGUUUAUGAUAGACCUAAUAUUAAUAGUAAUAAUAAUAAUAAUAGUACAUUAUUAUGGAAUAAUGAAAUCCCAAUAAUUGAUUAUCCUAUUAAACACCCUUAUGAUAUCAUGAAUGAUACUGUUAUUAGAAAUCAAUUAACAUCUCAUAUUGAUAAUAUUUGGGAUUAUUCAUAUAAUUUACCAAGAACUACAUAUUUCCCUAUAACUACUAUUGAUACAUUACCUAUCAAUUCAUUUGUAUGGUCAGAUUCAUCAUCAAUGACAUCAUUUUAUUCAUGGAAUAAUGAACCAUUGACUUCAUCCCCACAACAACAACAGCACCAGCAAACAUUCUGGUUAGAUAAUCAUCAUGAAAUGAAUUAUCAUAAUUUAUUAAUAGAAGAUGAAAUUGUAGAAAAUGAAUUUAAUUAUAGUAAAAAUUAUUUAUCAACUUUAACUGAUAGUUUACAACUGAAUACUACUAAUAAUCCUACUAUAAUUACUACUUAUAAUGAUAAAACUACUGAUAUAGAAAAUGGAAUUAAUACAUUUAUGAUGUCACCUUUAACAACAACAACAGCAUCGACAACAUCGACAUCAUCAUCAUCAUCAUCAUCAUCAUCAUCAUCAUCAUCAUCAGCGUUAUUGGCUUAUUUAAAUUUGGAUAAAAUUAAGGUCAUUGAAAAUUUGAUGGAUUCAAAUAAAAGUUAUACUCAGUCGGAAUCGAAUUUAGUUCAAUGUUCAAGAAAUAUCAAAACAAACAACAAAUCCACUAUUCGAUCAAAUGAAUCAUUUAAACUUCCAAAUCAUAUUGGUCAUUUCAAAAGUUUCUAUAAAACUGAUUAUGAUACUUAUCAGAAUACAUUAAAUAUUAAUAAUAAUAAUAUGACUAAUGUAAAUUUAUUCAAAUCGACUACAUCAGAAGAAUUACAAACUCAACGAUUUCUAGCUAAUGUUCGUGAAAGACAACGUACACAAUCAUUGAAUCAAGCAUUUUCUGAAUUACGUCGUAUUAUACCAACAUUACCAUCGGAUAAAUUAAGUAAAAUACAAACACUUAAAUUAGCUACACGAUAUAUUGAUUUUUUAUCUCAAGUACUUGAUACAUCAACACCACCGUCAUCAACAUCAACGUCAUUACGAACAACAGGAACAGUUGUAUCAACAUUAUCGUCAUCAUCUAAUAAUGAUCAAUUGAGUGAAUUUGUAGAUGAUAUCUAUCCAAUGACAAGUAAAUAUCCUAUUUCUUGUUUAACUAAUAAUAAUAAUAGUACACAUCUGAUUGAUCCUUCAUUCUUAUCAACUGAUUAUAAUCCUAUUGAAAAGUUGAAAUGUCUAACACCAUAUUAUAAAUAUAAUUUAAACAAAAUUAAUCAGUGUCAGUGUAAAUUUAAUUUUAAUGAUUAUAGUCAGUUGUCAUCUACAUCAACAUUAUCAUCACCGUCAUCAGUAUCGCCUUCAUCAUCAUCAUCAUCAUCAUCAUCAUCAUCAUCAUCAUCAUCAUCAUCAUCCUCAUCCUCAUCGUCAUCAUGUUCCCCAUUGUCAUCAACAUCUUCAAACUCUACAUCAGAGAUAACAGUAUGUUGUAAUGAAAAUAAUACAAGUACUAGUACUAGUACUAAUAUGAAUAAUAAAUACAGAUUUUUAUUGAAUGAUUUGGAUUAUUUGAAUAAAUUUUCAUCAUCACCAUCAUCUACAACUUCACAACCAUUUAUAACAUCAGAGAUAACAACAUCGACUACAGUGAAGACAUUGACGAUGAUUACGACAACAACAACAACAACAACAACGGCAACAACAGCAGCAUCCAUCUAUCCAAACCAAGGUCUAAGUUAUGCAUUUUCAGUAUGGCGUAUGGAAGGUGCAUGGUUGUCAACAUAUGAUACUAAACUAUAA